AUGUCUGAAAGGGAAGCACUACAGGAAACACUGAUAAUGCUGAGCGGGAUGGGAUUAUUCACGGACGUGGGGAGCAAGGAAGACCGUGACUGUGACGGGAUGGCAGACCAUCAUCCUUCCUUCUUCCCUUCCUUCCACCAAGACAGCAGAACUCCCUGCUGUCGACUCUUACCAUCUGUCGAGAACGACAUCAAAAAGCGUUACACCGCAUUCCCGCCACCGCUGGAAAGGACUGCAGAUUGCCCUUGGAACGCCUACCCGAUACCUACCGACGAGAAGAUAUCUUGCUCACGGUUCUAGGAAGCUGUCAAAGCUACAUCAUCUGCCUCGCCGCACGCUUUUCCAAACUUUCCUCCGUUCUGUAGUCGGACACAUCAAUUAUCAGCUGAACGAGCUCGUCAGCGUGGAGGACCGAAUGAUCCUGAGUAUCCAGUGGCCAAGAUGAUAGGAGGACGCUGCAAUGUCAGAGACAUUACUGGUGGUGGUGGUGAGGCAGUGGCGGAGGGUACGAGUGGUCUGGCAUCGUCGCCGCCAACGCCG